GAAAGGAUCAGACCCUAUAGUUGGUUUCUAUUUCAUUUGCCAGUGAGGAUACAACGAGAUAACAAUGUCUUCUACAGCAUCGCUCGAUGGUAGCUACGAAGACAGCAUGCCUGGCGAGGAAUCAGACCAGGUGUUUACGAAGAAAGACGAGGAUGAGCCAUUGAAAUGGAUCGAAAAGUUCGAAACAGAAAUGGUGGACUUGGUAGACAGCAACAGUACCGAACCCAAGCACAUCGUCAAGGCAUUCCUUGAGCUCGGCCUGGACCGAGAGUCACGCAUUUUGGAUGUCUUGGCCGGCACAGGGCUAGUUGCUGAAUUGUUACGUUUGCACGGCUAUGUUAACAUCGAUGCCAUUGACGGUAGAAAAGAUAUGCUGGCACUGUCCAAUAAGAAACAACUUUACAAGAAUUUCUACGUUUCGCUAUUGGGAUGUCAGUAUACAGCGCCCAUUCAAAGCGAUACCUACGAUGUUCUUAUUGCUAGUGGAGCAUUUGCUCCAGGUCAGCUACAUUCGGACGCCUUUUGCGAUCUUAUUCGCAUAACAAAACAAGGUGGCAUCAUCAUGUGGAGUAUGCGUACCGAUUACGGACCGAUCUCUCCGAGAUUCGCGAAUUUCGACGCCCACAUCGAGGAUUUGGUGACAAACGGCGUGUGGAGACAUUACGUGCCUCGUAAGACGAUCAAACCUUACGUCCACGGUUCCGAAGGUUAUGUCUACACCAUGCAGAGGAUUUAG